AUGAAGUUGAGAGGAUCAAUGGGUGGGAUCUCUGAGUUUAAGACAGAACCAAGAUCAAUGCUUUGUGGGGUUUUGUUUCUCUUGACACUUGUGGUUUGGACAACAAAAAAAUUGAACGAUGGUCAGGUCCUCAUGGAGUUAAAGAACAGAGGAUUUCAAGAUUCGUUGAACCAUUUGCACAACUGGAACAAAAAUGACAAGACACCGUGUAAUUGGAUAGGUGUGCAUUACAGCUCAAAUGGCAAUAACACUAGUAAUCUGGUGGUGACAUAUCUUAAUCUGAGCUCCAUGAAUCUCACUGGUACAUUAAGCCCAUCCAUCGACAGCUUACAUAACUUGGUCUAUCUUAACCUCACGUAUAACGGGUUAACCGGAGAUAUUCCUCCGGAGAUUGGAAACUGUUCGAAGCUGGAGGUUAUGCUAUUGAACAACAACCAGUUUGGUGGUUCUAUCCCGGUUGAGAUCAGGAAGCUGUCGUAUUUGAGAAGCUUGAACAUUUGCAAUAACAAGUUCUCAGGUCCUUUGCCUGAAGAGAUUGGUGACUUAUACAAUUUGGAAGAGCUUGUGGCUUAUACUAACAACUUGACCAGUCCAUUGCCUCGUCUAUAG